CUUGUUCAACAUCAUGCUAAUGGAAAGCACAGCCAGCAACAUCAACUUCCAUCUGCAGGCGCAGCUGCUGGGAUUCGAAGGCGACCACGCGCAUUUCCUGGCGAUCGGAGACUAGAUGAGAUCGGUCGCGAGGCCGACGCAGUUGAGGUGGUUCGUGAGGAUCGAGAAUUCACGGUGGAGUUUCUGUCACGCAUGCGCUUGCAUCGGAGAUAUGGCGGUGUUCCGAUCUUCACGAGAGACAACAAGGUGACCACUUCGACCUGGG